CAUAAUCUUAAAGCGUUCGUUUUACGAUUGUCGAUAUACAGUGCGUUCUGCAGUCGACUAUUGCGGUCAUGGUGAUAAUAAUAAGCGUCUAACUGUGUGAAAAUAAUUGUUUAAAGUGCAUUUUGUUGGAUUUGUUGGAAGUUUUUUUAUAUGUAAAUUAACAAUUAUUAGUAUCUACACACAAAGGCAAACUUGGAACUUUGAACAGGACAAAAUGGAAGUGUUAAAGAUCUAAUUAAUUCCAGAAGCAGUGCAUGAAAAGAAUGCUGCGUAUAUGUUUAUAAAAAAUUAAAAGGAUGGCCCAAUUCAACAGAUGGACGCUUUUAAAACUAGUAGAAGUAGCGUUAGUUCUAGUUUGCGUCGUUUUCAAACGAGUAACCGAUGAUGAAUCGUCCAGAGUGUUCUUAUACCUCCAAAAAUUAUCCAGAGAGUGGCAUUUACUAAACAACAUAACAUGGAGUAGGGUAGGAGCUGCUCUAGCAGAUACUACUUACGGAGGAUAUCUCAUUAUCACUGCCGCCUUAUUUUUAUCUCAUAUUUUCGGGGAAAUACCAACUACGACGAGAAUCUUUGAGUACAUUGUACUUGGUAUCGGGACUAUUUUAUUCAUUGUUUUAGGUAGUUUAUCAUUUGCUGCAUUAGAUUCAGUUCCUCCAAGUCUAGUAGACAAUGCAGCCAUAGUAGGAACAGUUUCCCUAGUAGUAGCAGCGCUUUUUCUUUUAGACAUGGGAGGACCAAAAAGAAGAAAACCUAAACAAGCCACAUCUCAACAAAAGAAAACCCCACCUGACUCCAAAACUAUCACGAAACAAGUAUACGAGGUAGAAAAGAAAAAAUCAGAUAGGAAAGCUUCAGCGCCAGAAGAAAUGGAAUACGUUCCCAAGAAAACUGAGAAAGUGGCCUCCAAAACUGAUAGGAAUGGAAGGAACGGGGCAACUGUAAUGGAGAUGCAAACGUCACAUGUAAAUAAUGGCUAUCAAAGAAUGAGAGAUCAGACAGACGAUUCUUUUAGAAGAUUUGGAAUAUACGGUCAUGACGUAACAGACGAAGGAAGCACAGAAGCGGAUGACGUUGAACUGCCUCCUCAAAUGGAACCCCAUUCUCCUAUAUGGAGUAAUAUCAGGAAAGGCCAGUAUGGAAAAUCUGAUCUAGUAAAUCCAAAACUAAUUUUAAAAAGAAGUGACCACUUACCAGAAGAAUUGAGACCACCAAGUACUCCUGGUGAUCCAGGUUAUGUUCAGUACACUGCCCAACACUGGGGCGAGCCCGGUUCCAAAACCCCUAGACAUAGUCCGACGCAGGUUUAGGAAGCCAGUGAAAAAAUAAAUGCAAAUUGAAGUUAAUGAAGAUGUUUUUUUAAAUAACUACAAAAGACGGGAUAAUACAAAGUUCGUAACAUAAAGUAUUUGUAUUCCUGGCAAUUGAUUUAAAAAACGUACGGUAGCGACCGGUAGAAUUUCAGCGUACCGUGACUGUUCUACCGCAACGUGUUGCCAUAUUCUACACAAAUGUACAUUACAGUGGGUAAUCCUCGUUAUUCUAGAGUGUAAAAAUAUAAUCUGAAGCUACUAAAUAUAUAAAAAUAACAAAAUAAUAUGGAACAUCGAAAAGUCGAAUACUUUUCGAGUCAAGAAGAUGGAAAGGCCUAUAAAUUCAUACAGGUUAAUCGUCAAGGUAUCCGAAAAGGUUUUUAUGAUAUGAAAGAAUAAUGAUUCAUUAGUUUUAGGUUUGUUGAAUAUUUUUUAUUUUUUAAAUUAAAUACAAACUGCAGAACUUUAUUUGCUGCCCUCCCACGCGCGCCAUCUUCAAACGACCUCUGACAUUUAUGAUCACACGCCUAAUGAGUUCUUGCGAAAUUGCUCGAAUUUCGUUGCGAAUUUUUCGCCUAAAUUCAAUUCAAAUUUGCAGGAAUUUGGACCCAUUAAUUUUUAUGAGGAUUUUCUAAAUCAAAAGUCUACGUCCAAAUUCCACAAAAACUCAGUAGGUACGUGAUCAACAAUAUCAGAGGCUGUUUGAAGGAGACACUAUAACUUAUACACAUAAAAAUGUGUAGUGAGCGGUAUACUAUAGGCUUUCCUAAAUUUUUCAGCAGCACUGAAAGGAUCAGGGAUCGGGUCUAGAUGAGUGGGGUGGAAGGAAUGCUAGUAGGUAUCUGAGAGGAUGUUACUGAUCCAGCAUUUGCCUGUUGCUAUGAGCAAGCCUGAAAAAUUCAAAACUUAUAGCAGGUCAGGCGGCAGUUGGUCUCAAACCUGGACCUUCUGAAUGCGUGGUAGAUGCGUCACCGCAGAGCCACUUCGAGCGGUUGCUAAUAUGGCGAAAGAGAUGUUUUUAUAUCACGGGAUGUCUUCUCCAUUCCUUCUCACCCCCCUGCUCUUAGUCGAAAUGGACACGUCCAAGGAAGAAGGUCGUAGCUGUCAACAAGUCCAUUUUAAAUUAUUACCGCCGUAGAAUUCAGAAUUUUUGUAAAAUUUAACAAGACAUCUUCAUUUAAAUUCGAAUCUGAAAACUAAGUUUAUUGGGAGCAGAAAAGAAACAAUGUUAUACUCUGUACAGUGCAGUCAGCAAAUUGUGACAUACUUUUCGUCCCUACUUACAGAUUUUAUUGACUAACACUUUUUUGUAGCGAUUAUGGACUGGAGUACUAUGGUCAAAUGACAAAUAUGUUGUACGUGUGAAUUAUUUUGAUUAUUUUCAUUGUUGAUUUAUUUUUUUUUAAAGCUUCAUGGGGUGUCACAAUUAAACCACAAAUGUACCUUUGGGUUAUAAUUGUAACAGUCGACUAAAUUUUGUAUUAGGAUGUAUUAUGACGAUUUAUUUUAAUAGUGAUUUAUUAGAAGUCGCAAUAAAACGAAUAUUUUUUUAUCGUGUCACAAAUAAAACUUAGUUUUCCAGGAGAGCAUUUUUAAAAUAUUCAUUUUAGACCGUGGACUAUGGACGUAGGUAGCUAAAAAUGGGCUAGUUUUCUUAUUUUAAAAUAUACGUCAAAAUGCAAAAUACCAGACGAUGCGUCGCAAAAUUUCAAGUCACUUAACAUUAUUACCUAAAAUUUGGCCAAUUUGGACUUAACAUAGUCUGGCUCCGAGGUACAAUAAAUAAACACAUAUUUCUUUAAACAUUUGAACGAUUUUGAACUUAUAUAAAAAUAAAAUGGCUACAUAAGGUACACUGGAAUGAACUAAAACGAAAAUUUACCUUUGUUUUCAUGGAAGAGUUAUAAGAAAAUAUAAAAAUAAUGAAAAGUAAAAAUUAUAAAUAAUAUUAUUGAACAGCAAGGCCAUUAAAUUGUACACAUAAAAAUAACUUACUGCGCCGUUCUUCGAUAGGAGUAGGUAUAAUUUGCAGUGCAUCCUCUGUACUGAUAGUAUCGAGAUGUGGAACAUUUGGUCAAAUAAAAUAUUCACCUUCCUAUCUUAGAAAUGUUACCUUGACGGUAUCAUCUGACUUAACUUCUAAAACUUUUCCUACAUAUACGUGGCUAUAAUUCAUGAACCGGCCUUUACAGAAUGGUCAAACUGAUAACUCUCAUUUUCUUUUUCAGCUUCUACAUUCUUCAUUCAAACUACUUAUACCGUCAUAUUCGUCAAUGCCAUCCCUAUGUUGUCUCAUACUCCAAUUCGGAAUCACUGCUUUCGCUUUCUAUCAAUCUAUCAAUCUAUUUUUUUGCGUUUUAAAACUGUUUUCUGUUUUCUAGUAGCCACCGAUUCCUUAAGUUGCUUUAGAUAAAUCGUCUCUGGUGAUAAAAUCUGCGUAGUUACUGUUUAAAACUUUUUUCUUUUUUAUUGGUACGUUAGUUGACCUUACUAUUUUUUUUAACAAGAGUUCUUGAAAAAAAAUACGUUUUUCUUCACUCUGCUUAUUAGAUUCAGUUGUAUCUGUGGAUGUGGACGCACGAGCGGGUUCCGUGGCACUUGUUUCAUUAAUCUUCUCUUGCUGCUGAGAUUCUUUAUAUCUGGACUGAUCUGAUAUGGCAUCAGUUGACACAAAGUUGGAAGUCUUAAACGCUUUCCGGUUAAUAGGACUUUUGUUGGGCAUAGACUCGUUGUAAAGGUCAGUGACUUGAAAAGAUUUUUUUAUUAAAGAUUCUGACAAGCUGCUCCAGACUUUUCCUACUAGAAUAGAAAAUUUUGCCUUGCUCAUUGCUAUAUCAUAAUGUGCUCUUUGCCAUUCUGAUACUUUUUUAGCCCACUUUUUCUUAAAAGCUCCGAAUGGUACUGCGUCGAGCGGCUGCAAUACAUAUAAAAUCAAUGGAUAGAUGCGAUGAAUGCCCAUAAAAUAAGAGCAAGAGGGGGCGUUCUUUUGGGCAGUAUUUCAAAAAAUGAUUCUUGAACCAGGAAUAAAAUGCAUUUUCUGUCAUCCAACCAUGUGGUGUACCCGGUGUUUGGAAAUGCAUCUUCUGGCAUUCAUGAGUCCCAGAUAUUUUUGGUCUUGUACAAUAUAAAUGGUGGAAAUUUGUCAGCACAAGUUGAUACUCAAAAUAUUAUUGAAGUAUUGCUUCUUCCCGUGCCAUGCGUAUGUCUAAAUACUGGCUUUUUUCUUGGGGCAACCAGUUUGAUGUUUGAAGGAUCACUGCAUAGGAAUGUUUCGUUCAGAUUAAAAAUUAAUUGUGGGCCGUCAAGCAAUUUUAAAUCCUUAACAGUUUCUUCAUACAGGUCAAAAAAUCCAUUUAUAACUUCAGCAGUAGUUUGUUCCCUACUAAUGCUUUACCUCUUAAUAGGUUUCUUGCAUGAUAAGUGAUGUCUCUUGCAAAACCCAAUAAACCAGUCUUUUUUUGGUACUCCUUUUACAAAAAUUGUUUUUAUAUUGUUUUGGUUUACCAAAACACCUACAGUAUUUAACAAUUCCUUUUGAGAGAGUCCAAAUCCCCAAUUAUUCAUUGUCUCUAAUGUUGAGCUAAUUCUGCUUCUGUUGCUUGAGGAAGAUCUGCCACUAUACCAGGACGAUCUCUUUUUGAAGCUGGCCUGUUUUUCCAUCUUUUGCAUCUAGCAAUCAACGUGCUUCGCGAAAUAUGAUAUAAUUGUGAAGCUUUUUUAUAAGACAGCUCGCUAUUGUUAACUGCUGCUAUAUUGCAUUAUUUAGAUCACUAUUAUUGUAAGAUUUGCUUUUUGGGCGUUGCCUUUGGUUAUUCAUUGUGAAAUUAUGAAAAAAAAAAAAGAUCGAUGAUAAAUAGCUCACUGAAAACAAAAGUUUGAUAAUGUCACAAAUAAACACCGUAAAAAAUCACAAUUGUGCAGUGUUUUUGUGACACCUACGAAAACACUGGUCUGGUUAGAGUUGAGGUUAAGCAGUAUAAAAUAUUAACAUUGUCAUCUUUGUAUUCCAUAACAAUGAAAAUAAUUAAAUUCCAACUACUACUAUUUUACACAAAGUCAAUUUGAAACACUUUUAACUUGAAUUAUUGAAAUUAUUAUAUUUACCUGAUUUGCAUACGACCUUCGGCGGUGCACCCGAUGGCGGCUAAAUUUCACAGUAAAUGCGCAGCCGGUAAGGUUGAAGGGCGGCAUUGCCGGACCCUCGAUAUGUAACCGAUCCAUAGAACAAUCGCAAUAUGUCACACUUAGCCGUCCGUCACAAUUAGCAGAGUGCACUGUACAAAAAAUUUUUGUUUUCCAUGUGAUUAGGUGGUGUUUUAUGUUUUGAAUGACAACAUUUUUCCCUUUAAAAAGUACCUACAAUAUAAGAAAAAAUAAAAGCAAAUAUAAGCAAAUAAAAACAUGGUUUUGAGUAGUUCCAGUUUCAGGUACAGAUAGCACUGCAAUCUCAAUUUCAGAUCCCAAAAAACCUUACUUACCUAAGUAUUACCAAAUGAAAUUUGGACAAUCUAAUUUUAAUUCUGUUUGUUUUAGAUAGGUACAUUAUUUUUGUGUAGCUACGUAUUUUCUUGUUAUCGUUAAUAUUAGUUUUUUAUAAAGCAUGUUAUUGAUAAGAAUAUGUAUUAAACAGCCAAAGGUAAAUUAUUGUUAAACAUUUGAACAUAUAAAAUAAAAACUGUUUGUCAAUAAAAUAGUUAUUUUAGUAUCAAUAUCAUUGUAGUUUAAGAAAAAGUGGUCGAAAGGGGUAAUAGAACCUUUUGAACGAAAUACAUAUGUAUAUAUUUGUAAAACGUUAUCUACGAUGACGGUACCCUUUUUCUUAAAAUAUAAUUCCAGUUAAAAUAACUUAGAUUGUUUAAAUUUAACUGCAGAAACCCGCCUUUUGUAAUCUCGAAUGUUUGGAAUUUAUGUUACUUUUAUUGGUACUUAAAUAAAUUAUUAGGCGAGCGACAUGUUUUCCGCUUUAGAACAGAAAAGUCGACAAACGGCAACAGAUCGUGGAAAAUGUCAUCUCGCAGCUAAAAUUUCAAACCGCAAAAGCGUAAUAGUGAUCGUUAUAUAAAAGUUAACAUUUUUAAAUUAUAUGAACUAUAUGUAAAAUAUUUUGUUAAAAAAUGUGGAUUUAUAGAAGUUUCAUGUUUCAAUUUUUGUUUCUUUUACAAAAUCUACAUAAUUAAAGUAAAAACGUAUGUUUAAUACCUAAUAAUUGUCAAUGUUAUAAUUUCUUUGCUUCUAUCUUUCAACUUUACUUGUAAUUGUAAUCCACGUUUUAUGUAUGAUAUCCAUAUUUUGUAUAUUGUAAAAUAAAUAUUUG